CGGAUCAACUAAGUUACCCCCAAAGUCCAUUCACCACCUAUAAAACCCAUUCGCAUAACCGUAUUACACAUCAUCACAUUAUUCUCAAGCUUCAAUCUAAUCUCUUUACAGAUUUAUUUGAUUUGUUAAUUAAGAAUCCAAAAUGUCUGGCCGUGGAAAGGGAGGCAAGGGAUUAGGAAAGGGAGGAGCAAAACGACACCGUAAAGUGUUGCGCGAUAACAUUCAAGGAAUUACGAAACCUGCCAUUAGGCGUUUGGCUCGUAGAGGUGGAGUGAAGCGUAUCAGCGGAUUAAUCUAUGAAGAAACCCGCGGUGUUCUAAAGAUCUUCUUGGAGAACGUGAUUCGUGAUGCCGUUACUUACACAGAGCACGCCAGGCGUAAGACUGUUACUGCUAUGGAUGUUGUUUAUGCUUUAAAGAGACAGGGAAGGACUCUUUAUGGAUUUGGGGGUUAGGGUUUGCUGAUUUUAGGUUAUUUUUGUUGAUGAUGUUUCUGGGUUUGGGAAAAGUCUUGCUGUCAAGAAAUUAUGGCAAGGAUUUCGGUUGGUAUUAUUGGUGGUGUUUAGGUGAAGAUUAGGAGCAAUUAUAUUAUGUGUAUUUUGUGAUAGGUAGUUUACUUUUUCGAAGUUGGUUCUGAUGUGUAACUAUUUGAUUCAAUGAAGAAGUAUUUCUGGUUUCAGAAUUAAUUUUA